UUGAGAAUAUCAUUUGAGGGUCGAAAUGGUCUUGGUUCGAUCUUUGUUUGGGCGUCUGGAGAUGGUGGAGAGGACGAUGACUGCAAUUGCGAUGGAUAUGCAGCAUCAAUGUGGACCAUCUCCAUUAAUAGUGCCAUUAACAACGGUGAAAACGCUCAUUACGACGAAUCAUGCUCAUCCACCUUGGCAUCGACUUUCUCAAAUGGUGGUAGGAAUCCCGAAACUGGCGUUGCUACCACCGAUUUGUAUGGAAGAUGCACACGCUCUCAUUCUGGAACCUCAGCUGCCGCUCCAGAAGCCGCCGGAGUGUUUGCCUUGGCUCUUGAAGCUAAUCCCAAGCUGACAUGGCGCGAUCUUCAACAUCUUACGGUACUUACGUCGACACGAAACUCGUUGUUCGAUGGACGUUGCCGCGAUCUGCCAGAUCUGGGAUUAGGGGACGCUAACCAAAAGAAGUCGAAAGGUAAUUGCACGCACUUCGAAUGGCAGAUGAAUGGAGUCGGUCUCGAGUACAAUCACCUCUUCGGCUUUGGCGUUUUGGAUGCCGCUGAAAUGGUAAUGCUCGCGAUGGUCUGGAAAACAGCACCACCCCGUUAUCAUUGCACCGGUGGUACCAUCGAUACACCUCAUGAAAUCCCCGAAGAUGGUAACCUGGUCCUUGAACUCGAUACGGAUGCGUGCAUGGGCACCGCGACAGAAGUCAGAUAUUUGGAACAUGUGCAAGCUGUAGUGUCAUUUAACUCGACCCGAAGAGGUGACACUACACUGUACCUGGAGUCACCUAUGGGAACACGCACUAUGAUUCUGUCUCGACGUCCAAAAGAUGAUGAUGCUAAAGACGGCUUUACCAACUGGCCAUUUAUGACCACUCACACUUGGGGUGAGAACCCCAUUGGAAAGUGGAAACUCAUCGUCAGAUUCCAGGGACCAGGCAAGCAUCGUGGAACGCUGAAGAAGUUCUCGUUGAUGCUGCACGGCACGAAAGAACCACCAUAUGCGGGAAUCGAGCCGCUUCUCGGUCAUGUAAACUCGAAGCUUCAAGUGGUGCAAACUGCGCAUAAGAGAAUCUCGCCCUGA